CCGUCAGCCUUAACACCUCUCAGAGCUCAUUACCUCAAACGUGAACUGGUCACUCUUCAAUUUGCGAUCGAACUUGAGCAGCUUAGCACACCGCAUGCACUCUCAGUAUUAGGACCACCUUUCUUACCGGCCCACUCUUUCACAAAUGGAACACCAAAUCAACCACCUGCUUCAAAAGCUGAACUACCCUUUCUCAAAUUCUUUUUCCAUCACUUCGUACUCACUUUUCCAUUUUUACUCACCGCCUCACCUUCAUUCUUCUCUCACAAACUUCAACCUUUCUUUUAUUCAUUCUUUUCCCGAAAUAUCUCUGGAUCUGAAGAUAGAGAUGAAGAAACCAAAAGAAAGAAGAUUGCAGGAAAAGUUGAAAAACAUUUAGGUUUAGUUUUAGCUGCUGCUAUUAAACUUACAGAUAACAAUGGUCAAGAAGAAGUGAUUCGAGUUUCAGCUUCUGAUGAUCCUACUCCAAAUGAUGAUGACGCAUUUGUACCCACUCCUACACUCACAAAUGAUCAUCCUAUUGCUAUCGCUGCUAUCACUGCUAAUCCUCAAUCCGGUCCUCCGAUCAAUACACUUCCCAGUCUUCAUGGUUUUGAUGUGAAUAUCGUCGGAAUCAGAAGAAUACGUACAAAGGGUCGAGUACGAUCAAAGUUUCAUGAAGAAUUUCUUAUUCGCACUCGAAUCCCUGGAGCUGAUGAUGUGUAUGUCAGCAGACGAUAUGGUGAUUUUGUCAAAUUGGCACAAUCAUUGAGGACUGAGCUGCCUGAAUCUGAUAUCAGAGGUCCGCCGGCUAAGGAUAGAAGAUCGAUUGAUGGAACAGGUGACAUCAGUCCACCACAAUCGCCACGAACGCCUUCCCACUCUCGUCAAAGUACCGACUCCGCUACUCACCCAACAGCUGGACUGCCUAUACACUUCACACGUGAACGUAACCGGCUCACCCUACGAGCCUAUCUUCAUCGACUUUUAAACAAACCUGAAGUCUCGAAUUCAGAAGUUUUGCGAUCUUUCCUGAUCGAUCAUCCUAUUGAAUUGACAUCCACCGAAAAACAAGAUGUAGAAGCUCGAGCGGCUAUGGAUCGAGCACGAGAAAAGGAGCAUUUGAGAUUCAAAGCUGAAGUUGAAGGUCGAGUAAGAGAAUUAGAUCAAUAUCUAAGAGGUUUCAGAGAAGAAUUGGUUAAGAGUGAUGGGCUUAGUAGAGUGUUUGGUACGAUCAGAAAGGUUGACAAAGUCGAAAACUUGCCGAUAGAAUAUCGUAAAGUAAUAGAAUGGGCUAGGAUUUCACUUGCUUCAACCGUCUAUCAAAUCUUUCUUGGAUCCGAUAAUUCUUCUUCAGCUUUUGCCCAACUGAAACGAAUGCACGGAUUGAUGCCCUAUUGGGCCAUGCGUGGUGUGUUACGAGUGUCAAACCCAGUAGCAAUGAUUCGAGGAAUCAUUGAUUUGUUCCUUGCGAGACCUUUCGGAGCCACUAGUCUGCUCCAACGUAUGUUUUCAUCAGGUUUGUAUGAGGAAAUAAGAGAAUUGAGUGAAGAUGCAGAAAAGGUGGCAGCUAAGAUUGCGGAUGAUAAGAUGUGCGAACGUGUUCGAAAUUAUGUGGCUGCACCUCGAGAAAUUCAAGAGGUCUUCGAAUCAGACGCCAAACUCGAGGGAGUUGACAUUAUAGCGAUCAUCUUACGUUCAUCCGAAGGCUCAUCUUUUGAUGCGGGUACAUUACAGAGAAUACAACGUGCUUCGAAAGCCUAUGAAGCUUACAAGGCCAUGCGUGACAGUUUAGAAGAUCCUGAAUCUAAUCAAGGCCCAACGGAUGAUGACGCGUGGUUGUUUGAAGAUCUACAUGUUUACAUGAGACUUUUAAGACGGUGUAGAGACAAGGAGCAAUUGAUUGAAUUAAUCUUUGAAGGAACUACAUCUGAACUCUUGAAGGACAUUGUGACGAUCUUCUACGCUCCUUUGAUGCAAGUCUACAAGGCUGCUAAUAUCUCUGACUCCUUGGCCGAUUUACAAAAGUUCAUCGAUGAUCUUAUUAAGACCGUUGAGCGUGCGGAAGAAUUCGCAUUUGGUGAUUCGCAAAGGAUCGUUCAAACUUUUGUAGAUCUAGUUGCAAGACAUGAAGGAUCUUUUUACAAUUUUGUUCACGAAGUUCACUCAAAAGGUGCAGGAUUAUUUGAUGGAUUGAUGCAUUGGAUUGAAUUAUUCGUAAAUUUCGUUAGACAAGGAUUGAAAGAUAAAGUGACUUUAGAAACCUUAUUACCACAUCCAGAUACACCGGAAAGAUUAGAAUUAAUUCACGAGAUUGACAUGGUGAUUGAUUAUCAUCAAAAAUUGAAGAUUGCACAUCAUGAAAGAAUGACCCGAAGAUUAGGUAGAGUGGAAGAAGUACCUAAACCGAAUCAACAAGGAUAUAGUCAUGCACAAGAUACAGCGUUUGUACAAGGAGUGAUGGAGAAUUUAAAUUUAUCUACAGUUGUAGGAGCAGAUGUAGAAGAAGCAGCCAGAGAAGAUCGAUCUAAUACAGAUGAAUCAGUUUCAUCAUCAGACGAA